AUGGGAGCCGUCGUUAGCUGUAUCUCGUCCAUCUUGGGCACAAUCGGCGCCGCCAUCAUGGCCGUCAUCACCGGCGUGGCGGGCAUCAUCAAGGCCAUCAUCAACGCCAUCGUCGCCUUCUUCGGCAUCGUCAUCUCCUGCCUCACCUGCGGGACGUGCGGACACAGGAGACACGCGACGACGACGAGAAGCGUCGUAUAA